AUGUUCAUGCGGUUUCAAUCUACACCAACUUCAAACAAUCCUCCCCAGCCAACAAAGACGCCAAGUAUUGCCGUUAUCAACGUGAAUGCUCAGAUCCGCUGCCAACUUUUCUCAUUGUUCAUUGACUCGUACUAUCCAUCUUCACCAACGGGUCAAGUCUCAUAUAGAUUCAGGGAUGCGUCGAAUUUGCUCGAAGCCUUCCCGUCUAUGUUGAACGGCAAGAAUAGCCAGUUACUGGACAGGGCGACAUCAGCACUUGCGUCUGUCUUUGUCGGCAAGAAGUUUGAGAAUAACCAGAUGAUUCAUCAUGGUGUCGAACUGUACAGCCAGGCAAUACAUUCCUUCUCCCGUUUAAUCUCACACCAGGGACUACCUGUUCGAGAGGUUCUUUGUGCUAAUGUUAUUUUCCAGUAUUUCGAGGUGAUAAACUCCACAUCAGGCUUCUCUGGGUGGAUGGCACAUAUGCAAGGCGCCAAUGCCGUCGUCGCUCAACAUGAAAAAUCAUUAGAGAGGGAUCAGGUAUCCAUCAUGUUAUUCCGUCAACUAAAACUAUCAAAUAUCUUUCACGCCAUCGGAAAAUCACGAUCUGCACUCUACUUCUGCCCGAUGUGGCAAUCUUUAACAUCAUGUACCGACAGCCGUGGCUGGGCCGAUCCAGUCGAUGAAAUUAUCGACAUCCUCAUGAGCUGUACCCUGUUCUUCGAAUAUAUUGACAACACACGCUCUGACUAUGACACAAGGCAGUUGAUGAAACUGUGCAAUCAAUUAAAACGGCAAACCGAGUCAUGGUACACAAGGCUAAAAUCCACAUCGCCGAGUCCAUUGUAUAGGGCCAUCCCUAACAAAGCCGACAUUCCGAGAUCCCCUGUGACAAAGUCACUCUUCCCCGAAACAUAUCAUUUUGCUUCUAUUGAAAUAGCAGAAGCACAUAUGCUAUAUUGGGCUGCCUCACUUGUCAUCUAUACCCUCUUCCAAGAGAUCGAGCGUCGAGAGGAAUCUUCUAAUGCCGUCUUCGUUGAAUCCCAAAGUUCACAUCUCAUCCCUAUCUUCGACCAAAGCGAGCCUGGUUCAUACAAGAAGCAGGCCGAACUCUAUACCGACCAGAUCUGCCGUGGCGUGGGGUACUUUGUUCAACCACACAUGCAUAUUCUAGGUGGGCAUAAUCUGCUCUUCCCCGUGUCUAUGGCCGCUCAAUUCUUCUAUCGCAAUGAUAUUCACGAUCGCUACCUGUGGUGUCAAGAAGUCUUUGCUUCCCUUGAGUCGCUCGGGUUGGGACUAGCCCAUGUCUUACAAGGAACACCCUGGUCGAAGUAUAAGUCAGGAAGUGGUUUGCAAUCUUAA